CUUCACCAAUCCCGGCCAAGAGAGGAACCGUUUGAGUUCAAAAUUUGCGGAUACACUGCAGAUUACAAUUUGCGUUGCGCCCAUUCAAAUCUAGCCAGCUAUCGCUUAUCGAAACUGACAGCUGUCUGAAAAUACGAAAACUUAUCCAGAAGAUUGUGUUAUAUACUUCUGUUCGAUUAAACAUGUCGAAGAAACAAAUUUACUACUCUGACAAGUACACAGAUGAAGCAUUUGAGUACAGGCAUGUUAUGCUCCCGAAACAGUUAUCAAAGCUGGUGCCAACCUCUCACUUGAUGACAGAAGAUGAAUGGAGGGGUCUGGGGGUGCAGCAGAGCCAGGGCUGGAUCCACUACAUGAUCCACAAGCCAGAGCCGCAUAUAUUGCUUUUCAGAAGACCGCUUCCAAAGGAUUGAGUGAAAAUCAUCUUCCACGUCCCCGAAAGCCACCUUAGUUUAAUUGUAUGGUCUUUGUUGAUUAAACAAGAUGUACAUCUCUCCAUGUGUUUUGGUGUAUAGAAUAGACCUUUAAGUUUUUUUUUUAACAACUCCCUCCCCAAAAUGUUGGAUGUAUGAUAGAGGCAGCCCGAGGAGUGUUGAUGGCUCAGCCCCCACUACCAGAUGGUGAGCAGUUCUGCUUUUAUUGAUACAAUAUGAAUAUUUAAUUUCUCAUUCAUGAGACUUUACCGAGCUUGAAUAACACUUGCUACACUUUUAUUGAUGUUUACUUACUUGCCAAUAUAUGUUGUAUUAAUGAACCGUGGUCAAAUUUAGUUUUCUUUCUUGAACGUGGAAUAUUUUAUUCAAAAGAAAGAACUUUGCGUGUUCUGAAAAUGUUUUUAUUUUGUGUGUGUAUAUAUAUAUAUAUAUAUUCUCUUGUCAGACAGUAUACAUUUGGACUGAAUAGUCAUAUUUCGGUUAAUUCUAAACAACACUUGUUGCUGGACAGAACGUAAAUAAAAUAUUUCUUUACUUUC